GUACUACAUGUGCUCGAAACUGAAUCAAGUCGAAACAAAUCGUGCCAGAGCCACUUACUAUUAUUAUUCUUAUUAUUGCUGUAGUAUCUGUAUCAUCAUCGCCAGUUGGACAGUAAUUUGACCCCAGACAUCCAGGAUGGCCGAGGGGUGUGACUUGCCUUUCCGUGCGGAAUACGCCAAAUCCAACCGAUCGUCUUGCAAAAUGUGCAAGAACAAGAUCGAGAAGGGCGAACUUCGUAUGGCGGUCAUGGUUCAGUCGCCCAUGUUUGAUGGGAAAGUGCCCCAUUGGUACCAUCUCAAAUGCUUUUUCGGACGCAAUCGACCCAAAGCUAUCGGCGACAUCGAACACUUUGACCAAAUGCGAUGGGAAGAUCAGGAGGCGAUCACGAAAAUGUUGGAGAAUGCUCUAGCGGGCAAGGGUCCGUCGGGUGGAAAAUCGGGUAAAGGAAAAUCGGAUAAUGGCACGCUUCAAAAGGAUUUUCGAGUGGAAUAUUCAAAAUCCGGAGGGGCGGCCUGUCGUGUUUGCGAAGUCAAAAUUGGCAAGGGUGUGGUUCGCAUUGGCAAGAAAGAUUAUGAAUCUCAACGGGCUAAGAUGUAUGGGCCUUAUGACCGUUGGCAUCAUCUGGAUUGCUUCGUCUCCAAACGAGAUGAGCUGGAAUAUUUUGACGGCGGCGAAGAGUUGGCUGGAUUCAAAACCUUGUCCAAAGAUGACCAGACUCUCCUCAAGUCCAAGCUCAAGAAAAUCAAAGAAAAGCGAAAGGCCCAGACUUCUACGGAAGAGCCCAGUACUAAGAAAGUGAAGACCGAAAGUGGAGAGGACGACGACAAGACCAAAGAGCAGAUCAAGAAGCAGAUGAAGAAACUUUAUUACUACCGGGAUAUGCUUGAGAAAGAACUCUCCAAGGGUCAACUUCAAACGCUUCUGGAGUUCAAUGAGCAAGAAGUCCCAACUGGGCCCGACCGCAUGUUGGACCGAUUGGCUGAUAUCAUGAUGUUUGGGACCUUGGAGCCUUGCUCGGAAUGCAAAGGUCAGUUUGUAUUCCGAAGUGGAGUGGGAUAUCAAUGUACGGGGAACAUUUCCGAAUGGACCAAGUGCCAAGUCAAGACCAGUGAGCCGAAACGUCGUGAAUUCAAACUACCUAAGGACUUCGUGAAAGAGUUCACCUUUUGUAAAAUGUACAAGAGCAAAGUGGGACAACGGAUCAUUCCUCAUCAUCAUUCGACGGUGACCCCUUCAAAGAGUUCCAACGGAGCAGCAAGUGACAAGCUGAAGCAACCUCUAGCCAACCUCACAUUUGUAUUGGAUGGGAAGAUUGAUCGAGCCAAAUUGAAGGCCACCAUUGAAAGUCUAGGAGGAAAGAUCGGAAGUAAAGUCACCAGUUCCACCGCAGCCGUUGUUUCCACUAAAGAGGCUGUGGCCGCCAAGGGUCGCAAGAUGAUGAGUGCCAAAAGUUACCAAGUUCAAGUGAUCCCCGAGGGAUUCUUCGACGAGGUGAAACCCGCUGAAAUAUUGGCCGAGAUCCAGAACCGAUCCAUUUGCACGUGGGGAUCCGAUCCAAGACAACGUGUCCAGUCCAUGAAAGAGAAAUCAAGUGGAUCAAAUAUGUUCAUUGCCAAGGAUCUCCCCAAAAGUAUGAAACUCAAACUCAAGGGAGGCGCUUACGUGGACCCCGAAUCUGGUUUGGACCACAAAGCCCAUGUUUUGAAGAAGAGCUCGGCCUUGUAUUCCGUGGUCUUGGGGGCUGUGAACAUUCAAGAGGGCAAGAACUCGUACUACAAACUUCAACUUUUGGAGCAUGACACUAAGCCCAAAUGGUAUGUGUUCCGCUCCUGGGGUAGAGUUGGCACCACGAUUGGCGGCACCAAAUUGGAAAAUUUCACUCUUCGUGAAGAUGCCAUUCGUGAUUUUGAGAGCCUCUAUGUAGAUAAGACUGGGAACGAGUGGCGAAAUCGAGAUCAGUUCGAGAAAGUAGCCGGAAAGUUCUUCCCCAUGGAUCUCGAUCUUGGUCAAGAUCAAGAGGACAUUCAGAAACUGGAGUUGUCCAAGUCUCAUUCGAAAUUGGCCAAACCUAUCCAAGCAUUGAUUGCCCUGAUCUUUGACAUUGAAAGCAUGCGACAGGCCAUGCUGGAGUUCGAGAUCGAUUUGACCAAGAUGCCCUUGGGAAAGUUGAGCAAGAAACAAAUCAUGCAUGCCUAUGAGAUCCUCACCGAGGUGAAGGGCUUUUGCGAGGACAACUCGGGCUCGGAGACCAAGUUCCUGGACGCCUCCAACCGAUUUUUCACCCUGAUUCCUCAUGACUUUGGAAUGAAAUCCCCGCCGAUCUUGAACAGUCAUGAGGAAGUCAAGACCAAGUUAGACAUGUUGGAUAACUUGUUGGAGAUCGAAAUCGCCUUCAACCUGUUGCAAAGCGGCGCUUCGGAGAAAGAUCAGGAUCCGAUUGACGCGCAUUACGCCAAGCUUCAUACCAAAUUGGACGUCUUGCCAAGGGAUUCAAAAGAGUUCCAGAUCUUGGAGCGCUAUGCUCUCAACACUCAUGCCAAAACUCACAACACGUACUCGCUUGAGAUUGUGGAUAUCUUCAAGGUGAAACGGAAAGGCGAAUCUGAGAAGUUCAAGAAAUACAAGGAUCUCCACAAUCGAAUGCUCCUCUGGCACGGAUCUCGAACGACCAAUUAUGUGGGCAUCCUCUCUCAGGGCCUGAGAAUUGCUCCGCCCGAGGCGCCCGUAACGGGUUACAUGUUCGGCAAAGGCGUCUACUUUGCAGACAUGGUCUCCAAAUCUGCCAACUACUGUAACACCACACGAACCAACAACACGGGUCUCCUCAUGCUCUGCGACGUUGCUCUUGGCGACAUGUAUGAACGAACCCAAGCGGAUUACAUUGAAAAAUUGCCUGAUGGUAAACACAGCACGAAAGGCGUGGGUAAAACCGAGCCGGACCCCACUCAAUUUGAGGAGAUCGACGGUGCGAAGGUGCCCACGGGCAAGGGCGUGCCAGCCAAGAGUAAGGCGAACACGACUCUCCUGUACAACGAGUACAUUGUCUACGAUACGGCUCAAUGUAAUAUUAAGUAUCUCUUCAAGAUGAAGUUCAACUAUAAAAAGUAUUAAAGGCCCGGAUGGGCGAUUUCGUGAAA